CUGGAAUGGCACGCGUCCUGGCCUUCUUCGUCCUCUGCCCAGCGGCUCUCGGCGCCUUUGCUCCGGCCUCGGCGCCGGCGUCGCGCCGCGCUGUCGCCUCCGCCGCCUCGCCGCUCGCGCCGCGCAUGGUCGCCGCGCAGGACGUGUACGAGGCCUACCUGCAGCAGGAGACGCCCGUCCGGCAAAAGAUCAAGGACCUGGGGCCGGCGGCGGCCAAGGGCGGCUCGACGGCGCUGGUGGCGGCGGCGGCGGCGGUCGGCUACGUGCUCAUGCCCUCCAGCCGCAUCGCGGUCAACGCCGUCGGCGCCGCCGCCACCGGUGCGCUCGGGCUAGUCGGUCGCAAGAAGAUCGACGAGGAGCGGCGCGAGGCGGCGAGCACGGCGGCGGCGGCGCUGCUGAAACGCGGGCUGUCGGCGGUGACAGCGGACGAGAUCGCCUCGCUCGCCCCCGCCUUUGGCGUCGACAAGCCUCGCUACCAGAAGCAGCUGUCGGAGCUGUUUCUGUACUACCUCUCGGCCUGCCUCGAGGGGAAGCAGGUCCUGCCUGCGGAGCUGUCGGAGCUGCUGCAGCUUAAGGAACUGCUCGGGAUGAGCGCGGCGCAGGUGGGCAACCAGGUCUACGCCGCCGGCCGCGCGCUCUACUCUCGCCACCGAGCCUACCUCGAGUCGGACGUCGAGUCGGAGCCGCUCGCAGCCGACGCGCAGGCGCUGCUCUCAAAGUACAUCUUCCUGGCGGAGCGGCUCUUUGCCAAGGACGAGAGCGAGGAGGGGUACCGGUACGAGUCGCUCCGCGCCCAGCGCCUCUUCGGCCUCUCCCCCGCGGACUGGUCCGACCGCGCCGAAGCGGUCGCCGUCCCCUUUUAUGCUGGCACGCUGGAUAAGGCGGUCUUGCAGGCCGUCCCCGCGACGGCGGCGCAGCUGGGCGGGAUGCGCGACUCGCUCGGCGUCUCCGAGGCGACGGCGGCCCAGCUGCACCGCGACAUCUUUGCGAAGAAGGCGAGCGCCCUCCUCUCGCCCGACCUCGGAUCCGCCGCCGCUCUGACGCCGGAGGACCGGGCGGCGCUCGACGGCGUGACCGAGCUGCUCGGCCUCGGCCAGCCCGAGGCGACCGAGGUGGUGGCGGAGCUGACGGCGCCGCUCUACGCCCAGAGCCUGAGCGAGGCGCUCGGCGCGCUCGACGCGGCCGGCGACGCCGCCGGCUGCGCGCCGCUCGUCAGCGGGCUGGCGACGCGGCAGCAGCAGCUCGGGAUGGGCGCCGACGCGGCGGCGGAGGCGCUGAGGGGGGCUGUGCGCGGCAGCGCGGCCGAGAAGCUCGGAGAGGCGUGCAAGGCGCUGCGGGUGCAGGACUCGGCGGGCGCCGUCUCGUCGCUCCGCUCCCUCCUCGACUACGCCGACCGCACCACCGCCCUCGUCGAGGCCGCGGGCGCCGCCUCCGAGUCGGGCGCGCCGCUCUACGCCGGCAUCGGCGACGGGGUGCUGCGGGACGCAGAGGUGCUGGCGCUGUACCGCCUCGUCCUGCUGCAGGCGCUGCAGAGCAAGGCGGUCUCGGCCGCCGACGCGGCCGCCCUCGAGUCGCUCCGCCUGAUUCUCGGGAUGAGCGAGGUUGCGGCGGCGCGCGUGUACGAGGCGGCGGCGGGGCCGAUCUACCGUUCGGCGGUGGAGGAGGCGGUCGCAGGCGAGCUGAGCGCGGCGGCGAAGCAGGCGGUGGCCGCCGCCCUCGCCGACCUCGCGCUGCCAGCCUCGUCUGCUGCCUCCAUCGGCCUCGAGGUUUACUCGGCGCGCCUGUCUGGCAUGGUUGAGAACGGUGCCAUCCUGAGCGAGGAGCAGAGCGAGCAGCUCAAGGGGCUGCGCGCCUUCCUCGGCAUCGAGGACGAGGCGGUGUACGCGGUGCACGAGCAGGCGUGCGCCAAGGCGUACCGCACGUCCGUCAAGCAAGUCAUGGGCAACGCGGGCGCCAUCCCGGACGAGUACUGGUCGGGCCUCGACACGCUGCGCGAGCGGAUGGUCCUCUCGCCCGACACGGCGCAGGCGCUCUUCGUCGAGGAGGCGCAGGCCAAGAUGUGCGAGUUUGGCACGCGCGCGCUCGAGGCGCUGCAAGAGGCGCAAAAGGAGGCGCAGAAGGGCGACAGCAAGGGCGACAAGGGCAUCGGAGGGGCCGUCUCGUCGGAGGUGCUCAACCUGGUCGACUUUGCGCUCGCGGCGCGCGUGCUCACGCCGCAGAGCGCCGACGGCGUGGAGACGGAGGUGGCCGCCACGUCGCUCAAGGGCAAGUUCGAGCAGCGCGCGCUCAACGAGCUGUACCGCCAGUACCUCAUCGAGGCGUUCGGCGGCUCGGACGAGGCGCAGAACCAGCGGCUGCUCACUUCGCUCGGCCGGCUCGCCCUCGUGCUCGGCCUCGAGUCGCACGAGGUGAACAAAGUCCACAACGAGCUUGGCUCCAUCAUCAUCCGCCGCUACGCAGGCAACGCGAUCAAGGCGGGGCCGCUCGGCGCCAAGGAGAUGCAGUUCGUGGACUCGAUCCGCGCGACGCUCGAGCUGCCGCAGGACCGGAUCGACGCGCUGCUCCGCGACGUGAGACUGAACCGCGUGGCCGCCCUCAUCGAGGCGAUGUUCGAGAAGAGCAACCUCAACUCUGACGAGAUCCGCAAGGUGCUCUCCGAGGCGGACCUGCUCGAGGUGAACCUGCGCGACGACCUCGACGUGCCAAAGGCGCGGCUGGAGAAGAUGUUUUCCAUCGAGAUGGAGGCGCUCAUCGAGGGCGACGAGCUGACGGCGGACGACUCUUCCGCGCUGCUCGAGCUGUGCGAGUCGCUGCAAAUCGAGGAGGAGCGCGCCGCCGCCCUCGUCGACGAGGCCGUCUCGAAGCGCUGCACCGGGGGCGUGCUGCAGGCGACCGCGUGCAUGCGGCGCGGCGCGAGCACGGAGGUCGUCAAGGAGCUCGACCGCGCGCUCAAGUUCGCGCGCCUCUCGCCCUCGUCGGUCGCGCUCCCCUCGGUGGGCGAGAACGAGAAGGGCGAGCUCUACCUCAUGUACCAGGCGCGAGCCGAGGCGGCAUUCCAACCUGCCGGCUCACCCCUCCCGCCUUCGCCCCUCGCGCCACAGGCCAACUCCGCGGCCGCCUCCUCGCCCACCGCCCAGUCCGUCGCCGACCUCGAGCUGCUCAAGACGGUCAUCGGCAUCAGCCAGCCGCAGGUGGCGUAGCCUGCGCGCGUCGGCCGGCCGCGUCGGCACGCCGUGCCCAGAGGCCGCCGCCCGCCCCUGUCAGGCGUGAUGUGGAUAGCGUCGCCCCUCCCAGUGGGCGGCCGCGAGAGGCGCGAGGGGGAGAAAAGGCGCUGGCGUGUGCGCGGCGGAGAAGCGGCAGCGCCCGUACGUCGCUCGAGUACACGGACGCGCACGGGAGCCAGGGAGCGAGAGUGGACCGAGGGAGAAGGCCGCGGGCAGUAUCGACGGCGAGGUCGCAGGACGCAGCGGCCAGGCUGCGCCGGCUGCUCCAGGGGUACUGCCGUCUCUGAGAGCAAUGAGGGGGGUGUGGGCGCGGCGGUGUGUGCCGUGCAUUGUGGCUCCUCUCGUUUCUCGUCAGGUGCUCUGCCCCUGAGCGCUUUGCCUACUAUUGAUUCUCUGUCAUGUCUCA